AUGAAAGUGCGUGAAGUUAAUUUUGAACCAUCUUCUAGAGUAGAAGAUAUAUCUAUUGGAAUUACCUUUGGAUUGAAGAAUUCUUCUCUUGAACAAUCAAACGAAGCGCACCAAUACAUCGAUCCUGUCCCAUUUCCGCAUACGGAUUUGGAGAAACUGAUCAUGGUUGGUAUCACAGAAGGCAAAAGAUCACGUGGCCGUUUACCAAUCAGAUGGAUCGAUCAAGUGAAAGACUCAUCGUCCUCAAAACUAUACACUGUUAUAAGAGAGGCGAGGGACAGAAACCGCUGGAAACAGAUUGUACUCUCCAAAUGUUUUCUUGCUGAAAACACAUGA